AUGCCAUUUCAAUUUAAUUUCCCUAACCCCGAAGAAGAUGAUGACGAAAAACGAUCUCAGGGUGCUGGGAUGGAUUCAAUCUCCCAGAAAGAAUGCCACACAACAGUCACAGAAGAAAAGGCCAUUUCGACUGAAGUCAAGAUUGAGUCAGAUCACCAGUUGAAUUGUGAGAUCCAAACUGUCUCUUAUGAUAUUGGAAAGGACCUAAAAGUUAUAAGCCUUGAUACAAAACUGGUUGAAGACAAAUUGAAAAAGGAAGUUAAAGGUGAAAAAACUAAUUCAGCCUUACAUGAAGCUCUCCUCUCUGACAACGAUCUGAUCCCUGAUAAAUAUGAAGGUGGAUUAAAAAUUUGGGAAUGUGCUGUUGACUUAGCAAAAUUUAUCAACACUAAAAGUUUCACAUCAAAAACAAUUGCUGAAUUGGGUUGUGGUGGAGGUUUGCCAGGAUUGUGUGCUCUCAAGAAUGGGGCAAAAUGUGUUUUAUUCCAAGAUUUUAAUGCUGAAGUUCUGACAAAUUUGACAAUUCCAAAUGUUUUACUCAACUGUGAAGAAAACAAAGAACAGUGUGCCUUUUUUAGUGGUGACUGGAAAAAUCUUCCCUCAGCUUUACAGAAAUCAGAAACUGUGGCUCAAAAGUACAAUGUUAUUUUAACAGCUGAAACAAUUUAUAAUACAAAGAAUUAUUCAAAACUCCUUGAUUUAUUAGACUUUCUUUUGGAAGACAAUGGAGAUAUGCAGUUUGAAAGCCAAAUUUUAGAAGAUAAUCGAUUUACUUCCUCGAUUUGUUGGACACAAUCACAAGGCAUUUCCAGAGAAAUUCUUCAUCUUCAACGAAAGAAAAGCUGA